AGAGAAAGAGAGUGCGAUCCGAAGGGAGGAGUCGUGGAGCGGAGAGCAGCUGGAGUUGCCUCUUCUCAACUAAAUUUACACUGAAUACAGUAACACUCAACCACGAGAUUAAUACUUUCUCUCAGACAGACUGUAGUUUUUACAGGUAUGUAGGCACUUUUUAAGAGACUAGUUAGGUGCAUACUGUUUAGUUUAGUGCAGAAAGGAGAAAAAAGUUUUCUUGUUGAGCGCUUUUCAGAAAGUGAAGCUUGAGAAAAAGAGCGCAUGAUUCUUGGCUAAGCGAAAACUGAAGAAACAUCUGCAACCAGACAAAAAAAAAGAUUCAAUUGGGAAAACAAAGAUCCAAGAAGCAGCCUGGAAAAAGGAGCUUUCAGACACGUGUUCGUUCAAUGAGAGGUUAAGUAAUGAGAAGUCAUCAUGGAAGCCCAGUCCCAAGCCAGUUCCGCAGCUGAGAAAAAGAAAGUUGAACACAUCAUUGUGAAAGGCUCGACUCGAACAGAUGUCAGUGAGAAAGCAGUUGCCUCCAGCACGACAUCCAACGAGGAUGAAAGUCCAGGGCAGCCUUAUCACAGAGAGAGAAGGAACGCAAUCUCACUACAGCCCUCGUCUGGAGGGCAGAGUAUGGGCAAGAUCAGUGAGGAGCCCUCGACUUCUACAGAGGAGCGGCCCUCAAUGGUAAAAAAGGAGGUGCAUGGCUCUCUGUCCCACCUGACUGAUCACUCUGUGCCCUAUCGCGGGACUCUGUUUGCUAUGGACCCCAGGAAUGGCUACAUGGACUCUCAUUACCCUCAUCCUCAGUUUUUUCCAGCUUUUCACCCUCCUGUUCCCAUUGAUGACCGGCAUGCUCAGGGACGCUACAUAUAUGACCCUUCUCCAGUCCCUCCUCUGCAUGUGCCUCCUGGUCUUCCCAGCAGUCCGGCAUUUUCUGAUAUCUCUCUUAUCAGAAUCUCGCCCCAUAGGAAUCCUUCAGUGGGUGCAGAGUCUCCCUUCAACCCCCCACACCCAUACAUCAACCCUUACAUGGACUACAUCAGGUCCCUUCACAGCAGCCCUUCCCUGUCCAUGAUCUCUGCCGCCAGAGGACUGAGUCCCACCGACGCUCCCCAUUCUGGUGUUACCCCUGCAGAAUAUUACCAUCAGAUGGCCCUCCUGGCUGGUCACAGAAGCCCCUACGCUGAUAUAAUCCCAUCAGUCGCGUCAACAGCUGGGGCUGGGACCAGUGCUCUUCACAUGGAAUACCUGCAGGCAAUGGAGGGUUCAAGAUUUCCCAGCCCCAGACUCACAGCAAGACCAAGUCGCAAAAGAGCCCUGCCUAUCUCUCCUCUCUCAGACCACAGUUUUGAUCUUCAGACCAUGAUAAGGACAUCUCCCAAUUCCCUGGUAACCAUACUGAACAACUCCAGAAGCAGCUCCUCCACAAACGGCUCAUAUGGGCACUUAUCUGCAGGGACAAUAAGCCCUGCCCUGAGCUUCGCCUACCCUCCCACCCCGGUGACCCUGCAGAUGCACCAGCAGCUCAUGAGUCGUCAGCCCAGCAUUGGCUCUGCCUUCGGGCACAGCCCCCCUCUCAUCCACCCUGCCCCUGCCUUUGCUACCCAGAGACCUAUUCCUGGCAUCUCCAAUGUCCUGAGCUCUACACAAAUCAGCACAGCGCCUAUGGAUUCCACCCAGCAGAGCAAGCCCACCAGUGAAUCUGCGGUGAGCAGCACAGGGGACCCCAUGCAGAACAAACGCUCUAAGAUUAAACCAGAUGAAGAUCUGCCCAGUCCAGGUGCAGGAAGUGUGCAGGAGCAGCCUGAAGGAAUGACCCUCGUGAAGGAAGAAGGGGACAAAGAUGAAAGCAAGCAGGAGCCAGAGGUUGUGUAUGAGACCAACUGCCACUGGGAAGGUUGCUCACGAGAGUUUGACACACAGGAGCAGUUAGUCCACCAUAUUAACAACGACCACAUCCAUGGGGAGAAGAAGGAGUUUGUGUGCCGUUGGCUGGACUGCUCUCGGGAGCAGAAACCCUUUAAAGCUCAGUAUAUGCUGGUGGUUCAUAUGAGGAGACACACAGGCGAAAAGCCACACAAAUGCACGUUCGAAGGCUGUGCGAAGGCCUAUUCCAGGCUGGAAAACUUGAAGACUCAUCUGCGAUCUCAUACGGGAGAGAAACCAUACGUCUGUGAGCAUGAGGGUUGCAACAAGGCCUUCUCCAAUGCUUCAGACCGUGCCAAACACCAGAACAGGACGCACUCCAACGAGAAACCUUACAUCUGUAAAAUCCCUGGCUGCACAAAACGCUACACCGACCCCAGCUCUUUGCGCAAGCACGUCAAGACAGUGCACGGCCCUGAGGCCCACGUUACCAAGAAGCAGCGGGGUGACACCCACCCCAGACCCCCUCCUCCCAGAGACCCCGGCAGUAACACCCAGUCUAGGUCCCCUGGACAGCACCCUCCAGGGGGAUUCACUGACCAAAGGGACUACAACCACACUACCUCAAAGCAGGAAGAAUGUCUGCAGGUCAAAGUUAUCAAGACAGAGAAACCUAUGGCGUCUCAGCCAAGCCCUGGCGGUCAGUCUUCAUGCAGCAGUGAACAGUCCCCCCUCAGCACCAAUUCCAGCAGUGGAAUCGAGCUUGCUCUGAACAGUGGAGGCAGCAUGGGAGACCUCAGCACCAUUGAGGAGGCCCCCAUCAUGGACUCAACCGUGUCCACAGCAACCACCGCGCUCGGCCUGCAGGCUCGCAGGAAUGUGGCAGGGAUGAGAUGGAUGGAGCAUGUGAAAAUGGAAAGGUUGAAACAAGUCAAUGGAUUCCUACCAAGACUAAACCCCACUCCACCUCCAAAAGGGCCAACUUUGCCUCCAAUUAUAGGAAAUGGCUCACAGCAAGGCAAAAGUAGCUCUGGAGGUGGGCCCAUGACAAUCCUGCCCCGUAGGAAUGAGCUGUCUAGCACAGACAUCACAGUGCUGAACCUACUGAACGACCGGCGAGACAGCACCACCAGCACCAUCAGCUCAGCGUACCUGAGCAGCCGGCGCUCAUCGGGAAUCUCUCCCUGCUUCUCAAGCCGCAGGUCCAGCCAGGCAUCGCAGACCGAGGGGCGUCACCACAACCUUAGUGUCACCGACUCCUAUGACCCUAUCUCUACUGAUGCCUCCAGGCGCUCAAGUGAAGCAAGCCAGUGUGGUGGAGGCAACGGUGGGGGCUUGCUCAGUCUCACCCCUGCCCAACAUUACCGGCUCAAGGCCAAAUACGCGGCGGCCACUGGUGGACCACCUCCCACGCCCCUGCCCAACAUGGAGAGGAUGAGUCUGAAGACCAGGAUGGCAAUGAUGGGCGACGGCAGGGAAGCUGGGCUCUCACCAUUUCCUCCAGUGACCGUGCCCCGGAGAUGCAGCGAUGGAGGGAAUAGUGGGUUCAGCCGGAGAGGUUUAUUCCCUCAUGAAGCACCAGGCAACACCGAGCGAAGAGCCAGUGACCCCAUUAGAACAGUAUCAGAUCCCUUUAACCUGCCCAAGGUCCAGCGGUUUAAUAGUCUCAACAAUGUGAACCCUCUCCCUCUGCCUCGUAUAACUGACAGGAGAAACCUUAGUCUCCAGAACUAUACACGCUCUGAUGGAAACCUGCGACACCCCAUGUACUCUCCAUGUCCUCCGAGCAUCAGUGAGAAUAUUGCUAUGGAGGCCAUGGCGAUGGAAGAGGGUCUGCUUAAUGAUGAAGACAUUCUGCCCGACGAUGUGGUGCAGUAUCUCAACUCCCAGAACCAAUGUCUAUUCAGCAAUCUAAAUGGCACUUCACAAAUCGAUAAACCUCAAGAUAUUCAGGCAGGGAAUUCUGAGGAGUAUGACUUCUUGCAUGGACCACCAGUAAACCAGCAAUACCACAGCCCUGACCAUGGAUCUGAUAAAGAAGGCUUGCCUAUCCAGUGGAAUGAGGUAAGCUCAGGAAGCGCUGAAAUGUCACCACAGAAGCAGAGAUAUGGAAAGUGGCAUUCAUCUGACCAGUCUAAUCAGACCUUUGGGCUCUUCAACAACAUGGUUGUGCAGCAGCGGUCCUCAAACAUCUCCAGAGACCACAUGGAAAAAUGUCCCGUUCAACAAAAUAGCUUCCAGGAAAAUGCUGAGAUAAGCCUUUGCACUGACGUACUCACUGACAAAAAUACUGGCAUCACUCUUAUUGGACAGACAAACAAAGGGCAACGACAGUGUAAACCAAACUUUGGGAGGGCGGAUGUUUCUUACAGCAUUGGUUCACUGGAUCCAGAGAUUAGACGAAAUGGUAUUCUACCAAUGGAAGAUAAACAGCCUGACUUCUCAGAGCUUUCGGUGAUGGAACCACGCCAAGAAGCUCGUGGGCAGCAGCAGACAAGGUCUCCUAAUGAGUCCAGUUUCAUGCAGAACCAUUCUGUUGGCCGGCAGAUAAAUGAGUGUCUGGCCUUCCAAGAAAAUACCGAGGAUGUGGGACAUUACGGUUCUCAUUCCCAACACACUCAACAUUGGGAGAUGCAUAUCAACUCUCAAAUGCCUGCGGUCAACCAACAAGUUAAUGUAAAUUACAAUGGCAGCAGGCAACAUGUGAGCAUGAGAACAGCACAGCAGGGUCCAAUGAGAAAUGGAAGUACAACAUUCCAGGUCACUGGCAUCAAGCUAGAAAUGCCUGACCACCUCCAACCUAACAACUGCUCUAGAAUUCAGAGUUACCCUGGGCAGGGGUUUGACCAAAGCAUAGGCUUCAACCCAAAUGAUAUGAAGCCUUCAUCAUUUUCUGGCCAGGAGAAUACCUGCAUGCUGCAGCAGAUGAGUACUUCAGCAGUGGUUGCCAACAGCUCUGAGCUUUUGUCUCCAGGGACCAACCAGGUCACCAGCACAGUGGACAGCAACAGCAUAGACAACGUACAGAUAGAUUUUGAUGCCAUCCUGGAUGAUGGAGAUCACGCCAGCUUAAUUUCUGGGGUCUUGAGUCCAAGUAUCUUUCAGAACCUUUCCAGAAACUCUUCCCGUCUCACAACUCCUCGAGCUUCAAUGACAUUCCACGGUAUGCCGGUCAGCCACACCAACAUGGCUGUUGGGGACAUGAGUUCUUUGCUGACCUCCCUUGCAGAAGAAAGCAAGUUUCUUGCCAUCAUGCAAUAGACGUGCAUUAUAGGCAAGUGGGACAUAAGGAAAAAGGGACUUAAUAAAAUGAUCAAGAAGAAAAAAAGGAAAUGUAAAAGAUUACUUUUGUAGCCAUCUUAUCUCUGGAAAGGGAUGCCUUUAACUUAUAUUCCUUUUCUGGAAUGAAGACUAUUUUUAAGGCCUUCUUUUAUAUUCUUUUAUAAUAACAAAUUGAGAAGAAAUUGUCUUCUCUUCAUGUCAUUAUAACAGUAUUCUCUGUAUUGUCACUGUUUUGCUGUAAAAUGUUGAUAUAAUGCAUGUUGUAACAAGGUCAAAUGUAAACACUGUCUUUGUUGGUACAGUAUGUUAAUUGGUCCAUCUAGUGACUUAACAUAGAAAAAUUACAUUGGACACCUGCUUAAGUUGUCAGUAUGACAGGCUAAAACGGGUUGAUAAAUUACAUUCAACUGGACCCAAGUUUUAAUUUUAUGUAUUUUGUUUUUGUUUUUUGCCAACAUGUGUACAUCAGUGUUCAUUGGUUUAGGUCUUCCAAGUGACGUGGUUUUCUAAAAACACAGAUUAGGUAUUAUUGUCCUCGUCAUGGACUAUUUCAAAGUCUUAAAUCUUGUGAGGGCAAGUGUAAAGUAGCCCAUGGGUUGCAUGUAAGAAAUGUUUUGUGUUUACACUGUUUUAUUGGUACGUACUUGUAUAUAACAUUUUUUUACAUCUGUGAAUUACAUAUUUAGGCCUUUUGGUUUUAUUCUUUUAUAUUUUGUUCCAUGGAACUCUCUGAAGUGUUGAUGUGCUUUCUGGGUAAACUGCAUAUUUUGUGAGCACCUUGAAUAGUAUACAUUUCAUGUGAAAAUGCAAUUUAAAAGUACAGAGACAACCCUAAACGCAAGGAAAGCAUCAUUUCAAUUUAUAAUUGUUGUCUUUCAAUUUGUUUUAAAUGCAUUCAAACAAAAUAAAAUGCGAUUGUAUUGCUCCAAUGAACUGCAUUUUUACUGAUGAUGGUUCCUCUUGCUUUUAUUAUAUUGAAAUUACAUUGCCUAGAUUUGGGACAUACUGUAUAUUAAAAAGUCAUUCUCUAGCUAAGUAAAUCGUUCACAUUUUUUGCUGACAAAACACGCUUUUUUGUUUUAUUUUUUAGACUAGAUACCAUCUGGUCUCUCUUGUUCCAGAGCAUACCUCUUUUAUAUCACUUUGUGAUACACUUUUUGGUAUGAAUGUGUAUAAAAAUUAGGUACUUUUUUGUUGUUUCUUAUUUUUAUUCAUUAAUGUUAUUUUGUAACGAAAGAAGCACAUUUCGGAAAACUUUGUGCUUUUCUGAUGACGUUGUGUGUGUUGUCCCCAUAUAAAGAGAAAUGGAAACAUUUAAGUGUUCAUAAGGUAUGUGCCUUAUUUUUGUCUUGCAACUUGAGAAAGGAACACUGCCAAAACUCUGUUCUUAAGUAUUAUCGUUUGAAAAUAUCUUGUAACACCUGUAGCAAUGCGUUAUUGUUUUUGUUAUUACUAAUGAUGCAUUUUCUGUCAGUUGCAUCAAGCAAUCCCUGUAAUAUACAUAUUUUGGUUCUUUUUUACUUUUAUUUUGAUAAGACCAUAAUUGCAAGUAACCAUGAUUCUAUAUUUGUAAAUACAUUAUACUUUUAUUAGAUUUAGUUCUGGUAUGAAGAGGCUUCUCUGGCCAAUAUUUGAUGACUUUUAUAGCAGGGAUUCUUUGGCCCUAGUCUUAGUUAAACCUAAAGGCUCUGUGGCAAUGAGUGCAUAAGGCAACGUGCAUUUCGCUAACAGAACCACUUAGUUCUUUUAUAUAACUGAUGAAAAUGUUUGUAUGAUUUUAAUAAAAAAGAAACAAA